CUAUGCCUCCCUUUCGUCCUAGUGCUUCUGCUAGUGCUAGUACUUCUAUUCCUACUCCUAGUCACACUUUUGGUCCUAGAGUUGGAAAAUCCAAGAUAGACAAUUUUUUUGUACCACGCACUACUCUUGGCGCACAGCCCUCGCUUGAGAGCAUGUCUUGGAACAAGGAGGUCCAUGAUGCAGGAAGAAAAGCAAUUUGCAAGUUUUGGUACUUCUGCAACAUUCCAUUUAUUGCAGCCAGGUCUCCUUAUUGGCAAGGCAUGAUUGAUGCAGUAACCAUUUGUGGGCCGGGGUUUAAAGCCCCUAGUGAUACUGAGUUGAGUGGCCCUCUCUUGUUGGAAAUGGUGGAAGAUAUGAAAGUUGACCUAGAGGACCACCGCCAAUCUUGGAGCCAGAAGGGUUGCACCAUCAUGACAGAUGGUUGGACUGAUAGGAGGAAUAGAACACUCCUAAAUUUUCUUGUUUCCAGCGGAGGAUCCACCAUGUUUUUGAAGUCCAUCGAUGCUUCCUCACAUGUCAAAAAUGCGGCAUACUUAUGUGAGGCUAUUGAGGAAGUUAUAGAUGAGGUGGGGGAAGAAAAUGUGGUGCAAGUGGUGACGGAUAAUGCAGCAAGUUAUGUUGCUGCAGGAAAACUUUUGAUGGAGAGGCACCCAAAAAUCUUUUGGUCUCCAUGUGCGGCCCAUUGCCUUGACCUCAUGCUGGAGGAUAUAGGUAAGCUUGGAUGGGUGAAAGGAUGCGUUGAAAGGGCCAAGAAUAUAUGCAAAUUUAUUUACAAUCAUGCAUUGGUCCUUAGCAUUAUGAGGCAAUACACGGGGGAAAGGGAGUUGGCUCGUCCUGGUAUAACGAGAUUUGCCUCAAAUUUCCUCACAUUGAAAUCCUUGUUAAAAUCAAAGGCAUCUUUGAGGCGCAUGUUUGUUGGUGAGGAGUGGACUUCCUCAUCCUAUGCUACGACCACUGCAGGGAUGGAUGUAGUAGAUUGCAUUUUUGAUGAGCCAGGUUUUUGGAUCCCUUGUGUAGAGAUCGUGCAAGUAAUUUUAUAAAUUUAUAAUAUUAUA